AUGUUGGUGAUUGAUUCUGUCCUGCAUUGUCCACUCAGACCUGCAGAGACUUGCAUCACUGGAACAGUCAAGGUUUCCUUUGACUUGGCUGGAUGCUCUCCUCCAACAGUCACACUCUCCUGCUUACUGUCGUUGGAAUCCAAAUCAUCUUCAUGGUCAAGACUGCUGCAUACAGACCAAUGCGUUGCUACUCUCCAGGACAAUGGCUUUGCUUUCUCAUUAGGCUUGCCUGCUGCUCUUCCUCCUACCAUUUGCACCGUCUUGAAAGACUCCAAACUCUCCGUUUCUUAUACUUUGGUUGCCACCACUACCUUGACCUCACAGUCCUCUCAAAACCCUCAUCAGAACGAAUCCAUUGAGCACACUUCCUCCUCUGUUCCAUUGCAAGUUCCUUCUGUGACCUUUGAGCAAACACCCUUUUCCUCUGAAGAAACUCUUCCAUUAGGCACUGCUGGCAUCAUUACUGUUGGCUUCAAUGCUCCUCAUUCUGUUCUCUCCCCUAAUGAUGCUCUCUGUCUAUCCCUUUGUGUUCGUAACGAAUCUUCCAUCGAUAUUCAACGUUGCUCUCUCCAGGUAUCUGCCCUUGUAAGAAUCGAUACUGAUGUUGGAAACACUCUGGAUAUCACCUCGGACCAUCCUAUGCAUGAUGUUCUGUUUCAAGAUACUGUCAUGGUUCAACUCGUCACUUUUGGCAGAUUUGCUGCUGGCGAAACUGCAAUGAAGCGACUUGCAGUCUAUUUCAUGGAUCAAAUCUUGCCCAGUGUAUCCAUUCCAGGCUUUGAUAUUGAAUAUUCCGUCACCUUUUCUGCUGUGACUGCCACUGGAAAAAUCUGUCAAGCAACCUCAAAUGCCUUGCAGAUCAUUCAAACUACCAGUCAUCCUGACAAUCUAUCCACCACUGGUGUUUCUUUUGAUGAAGCUAGUAUCGACAGCUAUAUUUCUGGUCUAUCCCUUUCCAACUCUAAAGCAACCACCGAAAUUGUCCGUUCCAAUAUGUCUGUAAUUCAACCAGGCGCUCUUCCUCGAGCACCUUCUGUCUCCACAUCUGUCGUAUCUUCCAAAAAUGCACAUUAUACCGUCGAAGGAUCGGUCUAUUCAGGAGAUUGGCAGCAGCUUGAAAUCGGAUCAUACAUCAACAAAUGUGUUGCGUUUCAAUCUACUGCCUACUUCUACUUUGACUAUGAUGCAGAUCUUACAAUGGUAAAUCUUGAUGAUUCGGAUUCAAACGCCAGUGAUCACGAUGGUGUCGGAGAAGGCUCACUCGAGGGUCAACUUGCGAGUCAUCGCGUGAACAAACAUGGUAUUCCCGGUAUCAUCAUCGUGUCUGAUAAAGCCGUUGGACUCCAUAUCUCUAAAGCUCCCAACAAACCCAAUUGGCUAUUCUACGAACGGGCUGAAGAGUCACGAUGUUUAUUAAUGGAUGGAAGUGAGGAACAAAUCAGUAGAUUCAUUGAUGGACCUGGGAGGUAUUACAUUGCUGUAUACGGGAAAUCCAUAGGUGCAACCCCAGUGCAGUUUGAACUUUCAGUUCGUUUAAUUCAAGGACUCAAAAAUAUUACUCCAUUCCACUUUUUAUCUUUUUGGAUUCCUUAUCAUCCGCAUGCUACGCUUCCCAUACCACCCCCGUCUGAAUCAUCCACUUCUAGAGUCUUGACAGUGUCCAACUCAACAGCAGUUAAAACCGUUAUUCCUCCAGGUGCGUGGCAGACUGGUACGGAUGUAAAUGGCGAGCCACUGUAUACCGUCAGAGUGUAUUAUAAGGGUGGACUACAUAUUGGCAAAAUUGGCCAUCAUACAAAGGGUGCGUUGAUUCCAUGGGGCGGAAAAGAAAUCCAAAUUGAUGAUGACAUGGAAAUCCUUUCUCAAAUUCCUGGAUCUCGUUGGGUAAAGGUCCUGAGUGGGGCAGGUGUUCCUCCUGACGCUAUUCCAGGAGGAUACGAGGCUGAUGGUCAACAUUUAUAUAUUUCUCGGGCUGUGGUGAAAGAAUCACUUCUUGGCACCGUUGCGGGAUCUGGUGGAUGGAUGCCAAACGUCUUGAUCAAUGCCUUUGAAUGUCGGACGAGUCUCUGUCCUGGUAAGGCUGGAUCGCAUAUGUAUGGAUGCAACGUUUCCUUUGGUAAUUCAGAGGUGAGCUCCGUGACUCCAUUCGAGGUUUUGGUGUAUGAUGAACCACCUAGUUUUGACAGUUAAACAUCGGUAUUUUGAACUGAGGCAGAUUAGACUACACUUUUAUUCCGCUUUUAAAAAUAAAAAUAAACUUGGCAUUUCA